GCUGCUACCUUUGAGCAGAUCUAUCAAUGUUAUCCACCCAUUUAUACUGACAAACCAGAGCUGGAAAAAGCCAACAAAAUUAUAAUGCCUCCUUCUGCCCUUUCUCAUCUGAUAUCUCAACAAAUAGAGUAUCCAAUGCUUUUCCAGCUUCAGAAUACCAUCACAGGUCACAUCUCACACUGUGGAGUACUUGAAUUCGUGGCUGAGGAGGGUAUAAUUUAUAUGCCGCUUUGGAUGAUGGAAAAUAUGCUUCUACAACCAGGAGAUGCAGCCAAAUUGAAGCAUACCACUCUUCCAAAGGGAACAUGUUUGAAAUUGCAACCCCACACAAAAAAAUUCUUAGACAUAUCCAACCCAAAAGCUUUCUUGGAGGUUUCUCUGAGGAACUUCUCUUGUUUAACCACAGGGGAUACCAUUAAGUUAGAUUACAACAACACCAUAUAUUGUAUAAAUAUAGUUGAAACAAAACCUGAAUCUGCCAUAAGUGUGUUUGACACAGAUCUGGAAGUAGACUUUGCUCCUCCUCUUGAUUACAAAGAACGUGAAAGGUUGCCAUUAAAUCCUGCUAAUAUCUGCACUACCACAUCUAGUGCAAGAACAACAACAGAAAAUACUACAUCUACAGAGCAUGAAGAAAAAUCUCAAUGCAGAUUUACUGCUUUCACUGGAGUUGGAAGGCGUCUGGAUGGAAAACCUCUAUCACCCAAAAGUCCGAAAAUUAAAUCAGCAAGGUCAAGAUCCCCUUCAAGAGCUCCAAUACGUAAACCAGGUAAGCUUGUAUUUGGUGGCAACACCGUUCAAACCCAUGCACUUGCUAUGGUAUCUGGAAAGGUCGCGGCACAGAAAAGUGAAAAGCAAAGUGAAGAAGCUGAUAAAUUCCAACCUUUUACUGGCAAAAAGUAUUCUUUAAAAGAUUGA